CCGUUUCACCGCAGUCACUCCGUGCCGGCCAGGGCAGCGGCGGGAGCUCUGAGAUGGCGGCGGCUGCGGUGGUCCCGGUGCGGCGGACGGGCGCGGAGACCCCCGGGAGGGCGGCCGGGGCUUGCCGUGGGCUCUGAGCGCAGGUGACCCGGCCAUGGCCUCUCCCGGUGGUUCCCAAGUCCCAGAGUCGCUUCCGGCCCCGGCGGCCCCGGGGGAGCAGCUGAGCCCUGAGGAGCUGCAGCUGCUGGCCCGGCUGGAGGAGCAGAACCAGUCAAGAAAAUUGAAUAUUUCAUAUUUUCUGUCUUUUUUGGACAAAAAUUUCAGUUACAAUUGAUGUUGUUUGGGUUCGGAGGGAAUAUCUCCAUUUUUUCAGUCAUUUUCGGGGGAAUAUUUCAAUUUUUUGACUCAUUUUAUUGGGAAUAUUUCCAUUUUUUGAGUGAUUUUAGGAAGAAUAUUUCCAUUAUUGGAGUGGUUUUAAGAGAAAUAUCUCCAAUUUUGGGAGAAUAUCUCCAAUUUUGGGGAAAUAUCUCCAUUUUGGUUGGAAUAUCUUCAUUUUAAAGUGACUAUCUCCAUGUUUCAGUGGAAUAUUUCCAUUUUUGGAUGAAUAUCUCAAUUUUGAGUUGAAUUAUCUCCAUUUUUGGGUGGAAUAUUUCCAUUUUAGGUGAAUUACCGCCAUUUUUAGUUGAAAUAUUUCCAAUUUUUGGGGUAAUAUCUCAAUUUUUGGGUGAAUAUCUCCAUUUUUAGUUGAUUUAUCUCCAUUUUUGGGUGGAAUAUUUCCAUUUUUUGGGUUAAUAUCUCCAUUUAUGGUUGGAAUAUCUCAAUUUUUGGGUGAAUAUUUCCAUUUUUGGAUGAAUAUUUCCAUUUUUGGAGAUAUUGGAGUUGCGGCCAAGCUGGAGGAGCAGAACCGGUCAGAAAAAUGGAAUAUUUGAUAUUUUCUGCACUUCUUUGGGGCAAAAAUUAGAUUUCCUGGAGGUUUGGAGCAAGAGAUCCAUUUCUGGGGAAAAUAUCUCAAUUUUUUCGGUCAUUUUUAGGGGAAUAUUUAAAUUUUUUUUGCCAUUUUAUUGGGAAUAUUUCCAUUUCCAUUUUUUGAGCCAUUUUUGGGGCAUAUUUCCACAUUUAGGGAAGAAUAUUUCCAUUUUUAGGUGAAUUAUCUUCAUUUUCGGGGUGAUAUCUCAAUUGCUACGUGGAAUAUUUCCAUUUUUGGGUCAAUAUUUCCAUUUUUAGGUGGAAUAGCUCCAUUUUGGGCUGGAAUAUCUCAAUUUUUGGGAGAAUAUCUCUAUUUUUGGAUGAAUAUUUCCAUUUUUGGAGAUAUUGGAGUUGUGGCAAAGUUGGAGGAGCAGAACCAGUCAGAAAAAUGGAAUAUUUGAUAUUUUCUGUCUUUUUUUGGGGCAAAAAUUUCAGUUAAAAUUGAUGUUCUUUGGGUUUGGAGCAAGAGAUCCAUUUUUGGGGAGAAUAUCUCAAAUUUUCGGGGAAUGCCUCCAUUUUUUGACCCAUUUUUGGGUGGAAUAUUUCCAUUUUUUGGGUGAAUAUCUCCAUUUUUCAUUGAUUUAUCUCCAUUUUUGGGUGGAAUAUUUCCAUUUUUGGGAUAAUAUUUCUAUUUUUAGGUGAAUUUUCUCCAUUUUUGGAUGAAUAUCUCCAUUUUCGGGCUGCUGGAGGCCGACUCCAAGUCACUGUGCUCGGUGAAUGGCGCGCGCCGUGCCAGUGCCUCCUCGCCCGGCCCCGGCUCCUUGGCCCUGUCUCAACUCGGGCCCCUGGAGGAGGAGACCUGGAGCCUCUGGGGCCGCAUCGUCAGCGACUGGGAUGAGUGGAGGAAGAAGAAGGAGAAGCUGCUCAAGGAGCUGAUCCGCAAGGGGAUCCCGCAGCAGUUCCGCGCCGCGGGGUGGCAGCGGCUCUGUGGCGCGGCUGAACUGCCGCUCAAGGCGCGCUACCCGGAGCUGCUGUGGGUGUCGUUGCCCUGCGAGCGCCUGAUCUGCCGCAACUUUGCCCGCACCUACCCCGAGCACACCCUCUUCAGCGGGCAGCGCAGCCUGGGCCAGCAGGUGCUCUUCAACGUCAGGAAGUCAGCUGCCCGCUCACGACCACAGGACCCUGAGCACAAAAAUCCGCUUAUUUCUCUGGGAAAGAAGACUCACCAGUCCAGGACCCUGAAUAAAACAUCGCCUGAUUUCCCUGGGAAAGAAAACUCACCAGUCCAGGUUCCUGCUAUCAGUUUGUAGGGAUUCCCUGGGACUGUCAGGGCAGCACAAGUAUGAGGUGGGGGCAGCUCCAGUCUGGGACUUAUCCUUCGAUGUUCGGAUUUUUUGCAGUCAGCUGCCCGCUCAGGGCGACAAGGCCCUGAGCAAAAACAUCGGCUCUUUUGCCAGGGAAAGAAAACUCACCUGUCCAGCUUCCUGAUGUCAAUUUUUAGGGCUCCCCUGGGACUGUCAGGGAAGCAGAAGUAUGAGUUGGGGGAAGCUCCUGUCUGGGACUUAUCCUUCAAUGUUCGGAUAUUUUGCAGUCAGCUGCCCGCCCAGGGCCACAGGACUCGGAGCACUAAAAUCAGCUCUUUUCCCAGGGAAAGAAAACUCACCCGUCCAGGUUCACGAUGUCAGUUUGUAGAGCUCCCCUGGGACUCUCAGGGCAGCACAAGUAUUAUGUACGGGCAGCUCAUUUCUGGCUCUUAUCUCUCGAUGAUCCGAUUUUAUGCAAAGAGCUGCCCGCUCAUGUCCACAGGACCCUGAGCACAAACAUCGACUCUUUUCCCUGGGAAAGAAAACUCACCCGUCCACGUUCCUGAUGUCAGUUUGUAGGGCUCCCCUGGGACUGUCAGGGCAGCACAAGUAUGAGGUGGGGGAAGCUCCUAUCCGGGACUUAUCCUUUGAUGUUCAGAUUUUUGCAGUCAGCUGCCGGCUCAGGGCCACAGGACUCGGAGCGCAAACAUCGGCUCUUCUGCCAGGGAAAGAACAUUCACCAGUCCAGGUUCCUGAUGUCAGUUUGUAGGGCUCCCCUGGGACUGUCAGGGCAGCACAAGUAUGAGGUGGGGGAAGCUCCUCUCUGGGAAUUAUGCUUCAAUGUUCGGAUUUUUUUCAGUCAGCUCCCCGCUCAUGUCCACAUGACCCUGAGCAAAACAUCGGCUAAUUUCCCUGGGAAAGAAAACUCACCAGUCCAGGUUCCUGAUGUCAGUUUGUAGGGAUCCCCUGGGACUCUCAGGGCAGCACAAGUAUGAGGUGGGGGCAGCUCCUGUCUGGGACUUCUCUAUCAACGUUCUGAUUUUUUGAAGUCAGCUCACCGCCCAGUGCCACAGGACCCCGAGCAAAACAUAAGCUCUUUUGCCAGGGAAAGAAAACUCACCAGUCCAGGUUCCUGAUGUCAGUUUGUGGGGCUCCCCUGGGACUGUCAGGGCAGCACAAGUAUGAGGUGGGGGCAGCUCCUGUCUGGGAAUUAUGCUUCAAUGUUCGGAUUUUUUUCAGUCAGCUUCCCGCUCAUAUUCACAGGACCCUGAAUAAAACAUCGCCUGAUUUCCCUGGGAAAGAAAACUCA